GGGCGGGGCAAUGGAGGGGGCGGAGCCGGUGGGGUACUAACCCCGGUGUAGGCGACGAGGCCGCUGCAGUCGCUUAAGCAGCUGGAACCGGAGUCGCAGUUGCCGGGGGCCGCUCGCCGCUCGCGCGUGGCUCCGCUGGGCCCGUUGCCAUGGAGGACUUUAUCGUCAUCUCCGACGACAGUGGCUCCGAGAGCUCGGCCGGGACCCGUUCGGGCAGGGCGCGGAGGCUGCGCCGGGCCCUGUCCCGGACCCCCGGCGCGCUGCCCCGCCGAACCGUGGACUUUAUUGACUUAACUAGAGAAACCCGAACAAGGGCAAAAGACCGAAAUGGACUCUGUGUGAUUGAUCUGACAAGAAGUGAGGAAGAAAAUAGGCCUAUUGCCACUCUUGAUUUGACUUUAGAACCUGUAGCUUCCUCUCAGAAGGAGCCACCCAGUCUUCAGACAUGUACCAGUCUCUCGGGCAAAGAGGUGAUGGAAGCCCAUGAAGAUAGAGGCUCUCAGCCUACAGCACAGAGAAUCAUUAACAAUGAUCCUGUAGACUUGGAUUUGUUAGAGGAAAACCUAUUUGAAGGCUCUCGACCCCCUACAUCCAUCAGCCAGGACUCUGUUUAUCCACCAGAACCAAACUGUAGCUCAACCACAUAUAAAGGUGACCUCAGCUUCUUGACAAGUCUACAGCUCUCUUCAGAUGUUAGCUCCUUCUCCUCCACAAGCAAUCAGAGGGCCUCUUUGCCAUGCUCACAGCAAGAUGUGCCUUGUCAAUCACAAGGCUUGCUAUGUCCACUACAGGCCUUAUCAUGCCCACAAAGAGCUUCACCAUGUCCACCACGAGCUUCCUCAUGCCCACCACAAGCCUUGUCAUGCCCACCACAAGCUUUGUCAUGUCCAUCACAAACUCUGUCAUGCCCAUCACAAGCCUUGUCAUGCCCAUCACAAACUGUACAGUGCCAACUCCAAGCUUUGCCUCAGCCACCUCAAGAAGUGCCAUGUUCUACCCAAAAUGUACCAUGCCCUCAGCAGAAUAUGCCAAGCACACCUCAAGACUUAUGGCAUCCUCGACACAUCCUAUACAUAUCCCAAAACACUCUGGGCCUACCUCAAGAUGUUCCAGGCCAACCUCAAAAUGUGUCAUAUGCACAAGAUGUGACACAACUGCAAGACAUGCCAUGGUCACUGCAAGACAUGCCACUGUCACUACAAGACAUGCUACAGUCACUGCAAGAUGUGCCACCAUUGCUGGGAGAUGUGUCACAGUCACCAGAAGUGAUGCAGUUACCAGGAUAUGUGACACAGUCAUCAAGAGAUGUGAUUCAGUCACCGGCAGGCGUGAUACAGUCAUCAGGAUGUUUGAUGCAGUCAUCAGGAAGUGUGACACAAUCACUAAGAAGUGUGAUGCAGUCACCAGAAGGUGUGACACAGUCACUAAGAAGUGUAAUGCAGUCAUCAGGAGGUAUGACACAGUCACUAAGAAGUGUGAUGCAGUCACCAGGAGGUGUGAUGCAGUCAUCGGGAGGAAUGAUGCAGUCAUCAGGUGUGACACAGUCAGUAAGAAGUAUGAUGCAGUCAUCAGGAGGUGUGAUGCAGUCACCAGGAGGAGUGAUGCAGUCACCAGGAGGAGUGAUGCAGUCACCAGGAGGAGUGAUGCAGUCACCAGGAGGAGUGAUGCAGUCACCAGGAGGAGUGACGCAGUCACUAAAAAGUAUGAUGCAGUCACCAGGAAGUGUGAUACAGUCAUCAUCAGGUGUGCCACAGUCAUCAAGAGAUAGGAUGCUGUCACCAGGAAGUGUGUCACAGUCAUCAGGAGAUGCAAUACAGUCACCAGGAGGUGUGCCACAGUCAUCAAAAGAUAGGAUGCAGUUGCCAGGAGAUGUGCCAUCGGCAUCAGGAGAUGCGAUACAGUCACAAGGAGGUGUGCCAUGGUCAUCAAGAGAUAAGAUGCAGUCAUCAGGAGGUGCGUCACUGGCAUCAGGAGAUGCGAUACAGUCAUCAGGAGGUGUGUCACCAGCAUCAGGAGAUGCGAUACAGUCACAAGGAGGUGUGCCACGGUCAUCAAGAGAUAGGAUGCAGUCAUCAGGAGGUGUGCCACCAGCAUCUGGAGAUGUGAUACAGUCACCAGGAGGUAUGUCACCGGCAUCAGGUGAUGCAACACAGUCACCAGGAGGUGUGUCACCAGCAUCAGGAGAUAUGAUACAGUCAGCAGGAGGUGUGCCACCAUCAUCAGGAGAUGUGAUACAGUCAGCAGGAGGUGUGUCACAGUCACCUAGCAAUGCAUUGCAGUCACCAGUCAAUAUGUCAGAGUCACUUGGAGACACACCAAACUUAUCAAGAGAGAUGUCACACUCACCACAAGUGUUAUUGGACUUAGCAAGAGACAGGCCAAAGUCUUCCCCGAAUGAUGUGCAGAACAGUGAUCCUCCUAUGAAUAUCUCAGCUCCAUCCUCUCCAGGUUGCUCUACUAACCCACUAUCUCCACAGUCUGAAUUUUCCUUAGAAAGAGCUCCUUGGCUCACUAUCACAGAUAGCUCAGCCAGAAAAGAGAGAUCACUGCCACAGCUUGCCAAUCCUGGGUCUGCCCAGAUACAAGGACAAAUACCACAAGUUGGAGUAUACAAUAGACCUUGCCUGCACAGACUGAAAUACUUCUUACGGCCUCCAGUUCAUCAUCUCUUCUUCCAGACAUUAAUCCCAGAUAAAGAUACACGAGAGAGCAAGGGUCAGAAAUUAGAACCCAUCCCUCAUCGAAGACUAAGAAUGGUGACAAACACUAUUGAAGAAAACUUCCCUUUGGGGACUGUGCAGUUUUUAAUGGACUUUGUUUCACCCCAACAUUACCCACCCAGAGAAAUUGUGGCUCACAUCAUCCAGAAAAUCCUGCUCAGUGGCUCUGAGACUGUGGAUGUCCUCAAGGAGGCCUACAUGCUUCUCAUGAAAAUUCAACAGCUGCAUCCAGCCAAUGCCAAGACAGUGGAGUGGGACUGGAAACUGCUCACCUAUGUCAUGGAGGAAGAGGGACAAACUCUGCCUGGACGCGUUCUCUUUCUACGCUAUGUAGUGCAGACCCUUGAAGAUGACUUCCAGCAGAUCUUGAGGAGACAGCGGCAGCACUUACAGCAAUCCAUUGCAAACACUGUCCUGUCAUGUGACAAACAGCCCCACAACGUCAGAGAUGUUAUCAAGUGGCUGGUCAAAGCAGUGACUGAAAAUGAAUUAACUCCACCCCAGGAUGAGACUCAGACCUCUCCAGGAACAGGACUCUUGAAAACUAGCAGUGACCACCUGUCUUCCCAGCCUAACCUGAACAGGAACACCAAUCAACUGAUUGUGUGUCAGCUUCAGAGGAUGUUGUCCAUCGCUGUAGAGGUGGACAGGACUCCAACCUGCAGCUCCAAUAAAAUAGCCGAGAUGAUGUUUGGGUUUGUGCUGGAUAUCCCUGAGAGGAGCCAGAGGGAGAUGUUCUUCACUACCAUGGAGAGCCACCUUCUGCGAUGCAAAGUCUUAGAGAUCAUAUUCCUCCACAGUUGUGAGACUCCAACCCGUCUCCCCUUGUCUCUGGCCCAGACCCUCUAUUUUCUGAACAAUUCCACAUCCCUGCUCAAGUGUCAGUCAGAUAAAACCCAGUGGCAGACGUGGGAUGAGCUGGUUGAACAUCUGCAAUUCCUGCUGUCCAGUUACCAACACGUGCUGAGAGAGCACCUGCGGAGCUCAGUGAUUGAUCGGAAAGACUUGAUCAUCAAAAGAAUUAAGCCCAAGCCCCAACAAGGAGAUGACAUUACGGCGCUUGAUGUGGAGAAGCAGAUUGAGGCCUUCCGCAGCCGCCUGGUCCAUAUACUGGGAGAACCUUUAGUCCCCCAGCUCCAAGACAAAGUGCAUUUGUUGAAGCUGCUGCUCUUCUACGCUGCAGACUUGAACCCUGACACAGAACCUGCCUCAGAGCACAGAGGCAGCCAGAUCUCUAAGCACUGAGCACCAAGAAUACCUCCUGACUGUCGCAGCUCCUUGGAAGCCCUGAAGUAUCAACAGUAGUUAGGAAUAUCAUAAGACCAAACCUAUCUUAUUUAUCUUAUCUGUAGGUUGUAAUAACUUUAUAACUCUUCAGUAUAUAUCUUUAUAUAUAUAUAUAUAUAAUCUUUAUCCUAGUCUAUUCAAAUUUGGCUUAAAUAUACAAGGUGUAUAUAUUUUUUAUUAAAUUAUUUAUCUAUGCUUUUGAAACAGGUAAUGAUAUGCACUAUAUGUCCGACAUUUCCAUACAAGAUGUGAAACAACCCUUCUCCUGAACAAUCCAUCCAUCAGUGUUACAUUGGUCAAGGUACUGACGGCCUGUUUCUGGGGGAAAAAAAAGUUUUUUUCUGAAUAGACUACAUUCUAUACUAGACUUUUUUUAUAUUGCCUAUGAAUAUGACUCUGUGGCCAGUUUAUUAAAAAAGCAGGCAAAGAAACAAAAGACUGUUAAAACAUUUGAUGUUAAUAAGAUAGAAUAUAAAAAGUUUACACUGCUCAGGCUCCACUACAGGGUAGGCAGAAUAGACAAGAAAGACCUGGGCUUGAAAAAGUAGUAAAGAUUUUUAUUUGUCAAUACAAGAUGACACAAAUAAAUUAAUUUUUACAACAA